CUUAACGGUCAUGGCAGCUUCUUCCAGUGGCAUUGGCAGUGGUAGUAACGUCGUCACACUCAAGGCAUUGGCUUCCUAUCUACGCCACGAGACUCUGCCUGCCCAGUCUGACAUCAAUGAGCCUUCUUCUAUAUCCACCAUUCCUGUCGAGAUUCUUCUCCGCAUUUUCGAGUUCGUUGCCUACACGGAGAAGCCCAAUAUUCGAAAUUUGGGGUGGAUUCGAGUGUCUCAUAUUUGCCGACUGUGGAGGCAUGCUGCCCUCGCAUGCCCGUCGCUCUGGGCUAACAUAUGCACCAGCAUCGGUCCAAAAUGGACCGAAGAGAUGUUUCGUCGCUCUUCAUGCGUACACCUUGAUAUCGACAAUCAAUCCUCAGAUCGACUUACCGAUCAAAUUCUGUCUCAUCAUCUGCAGUUACCGGACACCAUGUGCAAUGUCCGCAGUCUCAACCUUGCAGCUACUUGUAACAUCCUCCACAACAUCCGAAUUCCAGCACCUUCUCUAUGCACGCUUACCAUAGACGCACCGAGCGUGCAGAGGAUCGAGGAUGUAUUGGCACUGCCAUGGGAUCUCUUUGCCUCCCACGCCCCGAAACUACGCCACGCGAGCUUUAGCUAUUGCAGGAUACCAUGGGAGUCCCCGAUAUUUAACGAUAACCUAUCCACACUUCUCGUCGGACCUGGAUCUUUUCGGGGCGAGGUGGCCGACAACUUACCCUUCUCGUCGUUGUGCGGGUUGCUGGAAAGAACGCCGUCACUCGAAGUGUUGGAUGUUUGCAUUAUGUUGCCUGGUAUUCGUCAUUCUCCACCACUUUCAACCGAUGGUGGUCAUGUCAAUCCGGUGGCGCUCCCGCAAUUAAAAAAUAUCAAAUUAACAGGUCGGAUAGCCGAAUGUGUGCGACUCCUCCGUCGUAUCACUCUCCCCGCAACAACCCAUACGAACCUGACUUGCGGGUCAUUGUCCGACAACGUCUUGUCCCUACAUGAUGUGACACCGUUCUUAGUUGAUCGUAUCGAAGAUGUCUAUCGCAAUAUGCCCAUACGAGGGUUAUCCAUACAUUGUAACCUCACACGAAGAAAAAACGCAUCAGUUCGCAUAUCACUGUCUGUUUCCAUUCCCAUCUCUGGAAUGGCUGACAUGGCGCAUCAUGCGUUCCUGCUGAAGUUCGCGUUCCCGCAGGCCUCCCAAAUAUUCGAACUUUUGAAGGAUCUAUGUCAAGCGCUACCGCCACAACACGUCAAUGACCUGCUCGUCCUCGACUUCUCUGGUUGCGAGUCCACUGCUUUCGAAGACAGCCUUUGGGUCGAUCUUUUCUGGGAAAUGCGGAAUGUUCGCCGUCUCGAGGUCUCCAGUCUGUCCACAUUGGCAAUCCCUACGCCGUAUAGCAGAUGCCUCAUUCCGCUCGAUAUCACACGUCGUGUGGAAAACGAACAAGUCAUGACAGGGUCUGACCACGAGCUGGACGGUACUGAGGGCUCUUCGCCAGUCCCCAUAUUUCCCGCUCUGCAAUCAUUGACCAUUUCUUCCGUCCAACUCCCCGAUGCGAAGAAUACAGACCCCGUGUUGCGCUUUUGCGAGAAGUUAGCAUGGGUCGUGGAGUUCAGGAAGUCGAUGGGAGUCCCUCUCCAAGAGCUGAAUGUGGUCUUUUAUGAUCCGACGCGCUGGUUUGCCGCAGGGUUUCUUGAAACGCCGACCUUUGAUGUGGUGAAGAAGAGGCUAGAGAAGUCGGUCUCGAAGGUCAUAUUCUCGGAUUCUGUGCACAAAUUAUCCUAUAUUUACCGCUCAUGA